AUGUUGUUUCUUAGCAUAAUCAUUAAUGACUCAACAGUAACUCUUGAGUUAAAGGAGAGCUUCAACUAUGGCCUGUUCUGCCCCCCGGUUAAUGGAAAAGCCGGCAAGUUCCUGGACGAAGAGCGGCGGCUCGGAGACUAUCCCUUUAAUGGUCCUGUGGGAUAUCUUGAAUUGAAAUACAAGCGAAGAGUUUACAAGAUGCUAAAACUUGACGAGAAGACGUUAAAAGCGCUCCACUCCCGCGCAAAUCUGCGCCGGUUCCUCGAGAACGUGCAACACGGACAGAUCGACAAAAUAACUAAAGCCUGUGCCAAGGGCCUGGACCCAAACUUCCAUUGUCAGGAGACUGGUGAAACCCCCUUAUCCAUAGCGGCCGGCCUAAAAACACCUGCAAAAAUAUUAAUCGCCCUUGUCAAUGGCGGGGCCUUGCUCGAUUACCGAACAAAGGAUGGAAGCACUUCCAUGCAUAGAGCUGUUGAAAAGAACUCGCUAGAAGCUGUGAAAACCCUGCUAGAACUUGGCGCGUCACCUAAUUAUAAAGAUGGCAAGGGAUUAUCACCCUUAUACCUCUCUGUGACAAACAAAACUGAUCCGUUAUUGUGUGAAACGCUUCUUCAUGAUCACGCAACUAUUGGGGCUACCGAUUUGCAAGGAUGGCAGGAAGUGCAUCAGGCGUGUCGUAACGGUCUGGUCCAACACCUGGACCAUUUAUUAUUCUACGGGGCUGACAUGAACAGCCGUAAUGCAUCUGGUAACACGCCGCUUCACGUGUGUGCAGUCAACGCACAAGACUCAUGCGCACGACAACUGCUCUUCAGGGGCUGCGACAAGGAGUCCUUGAAUUAUGCUAACCAGACACCAUAUCAGGUUGCUGUAAUCGCUGGAAAUUUAGAAUUAGCUGAGGUUAUAAAGAAUUACAAAACGGACGAAGUCGUUCCGUUUCGUGGUCCGCCGCGGUUUAACCCGAAGAGACGCUCCGCCGCUUGGGGCGGAUGGUGGAGCGCCGGAGAUAGGUCCUCCCUGGCCUCGUCGACUCGGAUUCCGGCCGACCUAGAUGCCUUACUGCGACGGCCUCAGGGCUCAACCAACUCGCCUUGCAGUCUCGAACGACCGUUUUCAUCCGCAUCAUCAAGCAUUAGUGAUGCCAGCCACCCGAGCCACGAAGACGACGCGAGCAUCAUCACAGAUAAGAGCCUGGGUGACACUAGCGACAUCAUCUCGGACUCGAGUGGGGUUGGUACCAGCAAUUCGGACACUACCACGUGUUCGCUACAGGCGCCGGGUGCUACACUUGUAUGUCUACAGCCCUAUGAGCCCGCACAGUCUGGGCAUGUAAGACUGAAUCAGGGAGACAUUAUUGAAGUAACGGGUUCAACAGACGAUGGUUUCCUUGAGGGUCGGGUCCGAGGGUCUGGAGCUACAGGGCUAUUCCCUCCGCACUGUGUGCAAGAAGUUCGCUUGAGACAAAACGCACAUAUACACCAGGUUUCUUCAAGUACUGUGCACCACUCUCGUGUCAGUGGUCGGAGAGAGGUGGGCCUCAGUAAGACAUACAGUGCUACAGCUCCCAGAGUAAAGAAAACGUAUGGAAACAUGGAAACACGAACCGUGGUGCUACACCGAGCCCGUCGGGGCUUCGGUUUUGUACUUCGCGGUGCGAAGGCUUCUUCUCCACUAAUGGAGCUUCGCCCCUCAGAGCGAUGUCCUGGACUGCAGUAUCUAGAUGAUGUGGAUGCUGGUGGCGUUGCUGAUAGAGCAGGAUUGAAGAAGGGAGACUUCCUUAUAGCGAUAAACGGCGAAGACGUCUCAGGCGCGUCCCAUGAGCAUGUAGUGGAGCUGAUUCGAGGCUCUGGAGCUCUGGUCUCUAUGACCGUUGUAUCACUGAGCUCAGUAGCCACGGAGACUUGUGUGGUCCCCCCUAGCAAGUCUCAGGGUCAUCUGUCUACCAGCGGACGACCCUAUGCUGCUACACUGCCUAGGAAGGGUGCUGGAGGUCGUAGUCCUGCGCCGGCGCCGCCCCGUCGUGACCCACGCACUACACUUAGCGUUGGUCGCGCGAGAGCCAAGUCUAUGGUUGCGGGGCUUGAAAAUGGCGGCGAAAAGGAAGAGUCCUGUGAGCCAUUGAGUGUAGCCGGAAAAUCGUCUUCAGCAGAAUCCGUACAAUUACACCCCGGAAGUAAUAAUGGCACCCCUUGUCUGGGUACACCAGUAGCGCCUCGUACAGCCAGCAUUCGACAACGACCUGCCUCUUCUCGUAUCACAGCAUCUGAGUUAGAAGAACUAUUCCAACGUCAAGCUGGAGCUGACGCCGCGGGUGGCAGCAGCGCAAUGAUGACUCGAUCAGCAUUCCAAGACGGAUGCGCGUCGCCUGGAGGAUCACCUGCCCGAAUCCCUACAAGGGUCUAUGCUUCCGUCGCUGAUAUGAAGAGGGCUAAGGGCAAGUUCUGGAGCAAGUCAGCCAGCAUCAGUGCGGGCGGCAGCGCGACGCUUAGACGCGAGUUCCACUCGACUCCUGACUUGGCCGCUGCGCUCGCCGCACGCCCCACACGAACGCGCUCUAGUGAAGACGUACACGCUAAUGAUAUGUCCCGUGCUCCCCCACCACCCUCUGCGCCUGCGCCUCCUCCUCCAGGGGCUGUGACGUCAUCGUUCCGUCCGGCAGCGCCCGCUAAGCUAUAUGCGGCGCCUAAAGACCUCGCCCAGGUUGCAUACAGGCCGCACACUGAGCAACCUCGUAAAGCAGUACGCGGCUGGUCACGCGCUUUAUCAGCGGAAGAAAGCUCUCACCAAUACGCGCAGCCCAUCGCUUUGCACAAGACCUUUGCGAGACAGAACUCAACUCCAGCACCCCCUAUCCCUGAGCCGGACUACAGCAUGUCAGAGUCUGAUGAGGACGAACACAAGCUAAAAGCAGACCCACCCGUCGCAGAGACCAGCGCUAACAGCAAUACCAGCGGCAGCAGUUCCGGAUCGAGUUCCAUGCAGCACUCGUUCUCUGUGGACGAAAUACAAAAGAUUAGAACGCGACUUAAAUCGUCAAAGUCCUGCGGUGACGAACUCGGUAUCGCCGAGAGAGACGACGGCGACAAUUCAUCCUCUGGAGUCUCAUCCGACCAAGAAGCGCAAGCGCGUCCACCGAGACGAGACAAAGUAUCUUUCUGCAGCUCGGUCACGGUGAAGUCCUCGAAUGACGUGAUCAGUACAGAACCCGUGCACAGUUCGUCCGAAAGCCUCGCGACCCCUCCCCCUCCUAUGCAGAGGCAUAAUUCCCUCACGCGGAAACGAGCGACGGCGGCGCUCUUGCGAGGGACGGUGGGCAGCGCGCGAGGGAGGUCGGCAGCCGAGCGUCUGGGAGUGGACAUAGAUAAAGCGCCAGGUCGGAGGGCUCGUGCCGCCGUGCUUCUGGCCGAACUGCCCCCGCCUCCCGAGGAGCCGGCGGGCCCGGCGGACCCCACGGCUCCGGUGCUGGCGCCGCCCCCCCAGUUCAGUGAUCGGGUGCGAGUGGUCGCCGCUCUGCCCAAGUUGGCUCAUCUGCAGUAA